GAACGUUCGUAUAUUCCGAGCAAAUGAACGAAGAAGGAGGAGGUUGCUCGAUGUCGCUGAAACGGGCGCCUAGUUCACAGAUGAUGGAUCCAAUCGUAUGUUUGAAGCGUGGGAGGAAAAGUGUCAAUUUGGACGCGGAGAAUUCCGAAAAGGAGGAUACGCGAACUCGAACUCCGAUAUCACGUAAAUGGCGCCGCUCUGUACAAUCAUCUUUGUCACAAGUGGGAUUUGUGUCUGUUUCUCCCAACAAAUCGAAAAGGAUAAAACCAAUCAAGAAAGCAUUACCGUACGUGCAGCGCGUGCCGUCGCACAGUGCACAGGUGCCAGUGCAUUCACCUCACGUACCGCAGCCUGCACAAAUACCGAGCACACCUCCUUUGUUGAUGCAACAACUCACAGACAUGAGGUUGCACCAAGCGAUAUCGCCGCCGAGAGCACAGCCGCCGAAAGCACAGCCGCCGAAAGCACAGCCGCCGAAAGCACAGUCGCCGCAGCAGCCGCUGAGUGCGGUGCGGCUCGUGAAAUCGCAAGCACCACAGUCAUCGAAGCCGUUACCGCCGAGUGCGAGUGGUGACAAAUCUUUCACGCCGAUCGAUAAAGUGCCGGUAAUAGAGUCUAAACCAACUUCCAGCAAUGAUGGAUCAACUUCUUUCCGUGCUGCAUUUGGGGUGACACCUGUGGCCACCAAGUCGAUGACUGUGCUUGCUGCCUCUGCCGCCGAGGACUACGACGGUGACGACUACGAUGACCAGUCGGAUGCUGCUGCUGAUGAUGACGACUAUGACGACGAGGAGGAAGAGUACGAGCACGUAGACGGCGAAAAGGUACAAGCGUUGCCGCCAGCUGCUCCGGCUGAGGAGGUCGUCGUGGACGAGACCGAAUUGGCGGUUAGCAGUAUCGUACCGCCUGUGGAUGCCACUGGAUUGGAAUUACCCCCCGACUGGAAGUACGACGACAGUACGUCGCAAGAUGCAGCAGACGCCGCUGACAAUCUGUCGUCGUCGCGAAUGUACGAACAACAAUUUGCUACACCGGUUAAGAAGAAAAAGCCGAAGAUUGUGUCGAUAGAAAACGUCAGUAUAGGAAGAGCUGUAACUCUGCGUACCAAAUAAAUCAUAUAUUUACAUCGUCA